AUGGUUCGAGGAAAGGCUUCUGCACGAAUCCAAGUCCGAACUACCCGAACGGUAACCAGGUCGUUGAGGCCACGGCCUGCGAUCCGCUAUGCAGAGCCUGGCAGAGGCCGUGGAAUUUCAGCGAGGGGAAGAGGAGGAGGAGUCGAGCGUCGACAGGCAACACAGCAGCUACCGUCGGUGGUUCUGGAGUCGACCGAAGUGAGCGUGACAACAGCCGAGGCCGUUUCAGGUUCCGAAACCGCUGCGGCCACCCCGUCCAGUACCCGUGGCCUUCCUGCAGCCGUGGUGGAUGCGGCGUUUGCUGCAGCGGAAGCGAUUGCUGCUGGUGUUCCUGUGUCUGGAGGCGGACGUGCUCUUGGGGCACCUGCUGACGUGUCUGAAGGUCUUCCUUCGCUCGUUGACACGUCCGCACGCCAGGAUGCCAGUGACGAGGCGAGAAAGAAGGGUACGAGAAGGGAGAUUUCAAUAACAGAAACAAAUACUGAGCGUGAGGGGAUACAGGGAGAGGAGGAAGAGUUGAAGGGGGAGGAUGAGGCUACGGAAGGGCCUGUUGAUGUGGUUCUUGGGGAAGAAACUGGCUCAGAGGGAGGAGGAGGCGAGAACGUGGAAGAAAUGGAACAAUCACCAGCGCUGGAAACUCGAGCAAUUUCUGCCGAGGACAAAGCAGCAGAGGAGAUGACGACGUCGCCAGCAGCAGCUGGGAAAGAGAUCACAGGCAGCGACAGUAGAGCUGCUGGUCGCUGGGCCUUGAGGUCUCAUGGGAAGGCACCAGAGAGAGAAAAGAGAGGAGCUGCUGCUGAGGUACAGAGGCAAGAAACCAGAAGGAUCAAGGUGCGGAUGGACGGCAACGAAGUGACAUAUGACAUCAAUACUACAGCUCCUCUGCGCAACAUGUUUGCACUCUUCUGCCAGCGACUGCAUUUACCUGAAGGCGGUGUGACGUUCUGCAAGGAUGGUCAUCUUGUACGGGGAAACCAGACUGUGAUGGAUGCUAGGCUUGCUGAUGGGUCCAUAAUUGAAGGAUACUAUCAAAAGUAUGCUGGAACCAUGGCUUUCCUUGGACACGAGAAGCAUGUCUGCUGCGAUGACUCGUCUGCUCCAGUCAGUGCGACAUCACUAGAUGAGCUGCAUUCUCUUCAAAAGAAGCCAACUUCAGUUCCAGGCGGUGGCGCCGAGUCAAUCAGUGCCUCCUUAGCGUCUCACGCGCGAGAGCGGGGUCCAAACGUCAUCAAGGGGGAUCCGAACACCGCUGUUACUAAGGAUGGUCACGUGCAUUUCGUUCCGUCUGACUACGUCAGCGAUUUUAACCUCAAAGCGACCCACGUACUUCACAAUCUUUCACAAGCAGAGCUUUACGAGCUCGCGAUCAAGGAUGAAAAGGGGACGUACAUCACGUCAACUGGAGCGCUUGCUACUCUCUCUGGAGCGAAGACAGGGCGUUCUCCUAAGGACAAGCGCAUCGUGAAGGAAGAGACCUCACAGGAUGACCUGUGGUGGGGAAAGGGUUCUCCAAACAUUGAGAUGGACGAAGAGACAUUCUAUAUCAACCGCGAACGUGCUGUUGACUAUCUUAAGUCUCUGGAUAAGGUCUUCGUGAACGACCAGUUUUUGAACUGGGACAAGGACAACAGGGUCAAGGUCAGAAUAAUUACCUCUCGUGCUUAUCACGCUCUCUUCAUGCACAACAUGUGCAUCCGGCCUACUCCCGAGGAGCUGGAAACCUUUGGUGAACCUGACUUCACCAUCUAUAAUGGCGGAAAGUUUCCAUGCAACCGUUUCACUCACUACAUGACCUCGUCGACCAGCAUUGACAUCAACCUGAAGAGGAGGGAAAUGGUUAUUCUCGGAACUCAGUAUGCAGGCGAGAUGAAGAAGGGCCUCUUUGGGUUUAUGCACUAUUUGAUGCCAAAGAGAGGAAUACUCUCACUUCAUUCUGGCUGCAACAUGGGAAAGGGCGGUGACGUCUCCCUGUUCUUCGGCCUUUCAGGAACGGGAAAGACUACCCUCUCAACUGAUCCUGAGAGGUACCUGAUUGGGGAUGAUGAGCACUGCUGGAGUGACAAUGGUAUAUCGAACAUCGAAGGAGGGUGCUACGCAAAGUGCAUUGACCUGUCACCCGAGAAGGAACCAGAGAUAUUUAACGCAAUCAAGUUUGGAACAGUCCUGGAGAACGUCGUGUUUGACAGCCACACCAGGGUGGUUGACUAUGCAGACAAGUCUGUGACUGAAAACACCCGUGCUGCAUACCCUAUCGAGUAUAUUCCAAACGCUAAGAUUCCCUGUGUUGGACCCCACCCAAGAAAUGUCAUUUUGCUGGCCUGUGAUGCAUUCGGAGUCCUUCCUCCUGUCAGCAAGCUGACCCUUCCCCAAACCAUGUACCACUUUAUUAGUGGAUACACUGCUCUGGUCGCUGGAACUGAAGAGGGUAUUAAGGAACCGCAGGCGACUUUCUCCGCAUGUUUCGGGGCUGCGUUCAUCAUGUGGCAUCCCAUAAAGUAUGCGGGUAUGCUUGCUCAGAGGAUGCACGAGAAUGGAACUAGUGCAUGGCUUGUGAACACGGGGUGGUCGGGAGGCAGCUACGGCGUGGGAAGCAGGAUGAAGCUGGCAUAUACGAGGAAGAUUAUCGAUGCGAUCCACAAUGGGUCUCUUGGAUCUGCUACAUAUAAGCCGACUCCAAUAUUUGGCCUUCAAGUCCCAGACCAUGUUGAUGGUGUGCCUCAGGAGAUUCUUGAGCCACAGAACAUGUGGACCGACAAGGGUGCUUACAACUCAACUCUGACGAAGCUUGGGGGCCUUUUCAACGCGAACUUUUCCAAAUUCACGGAGAGCAUGUCUGGUGUGGAUACCACCCUGGCUCAGCAGAUCCUCUCAGCAGGACCCCAGCUUGCAUAA